AUGUUUUCCCUGUACAGUACAGAAAAGCUGCAAGCCUUCAUCAACUCCAGUCGCGACAAUCUCUCUUCUAUCACUAGCGCAAUCCAACUUGACAAUAAUAUAACAUUAACCUCCGCCAUGUCGGCCUCACCAAAACUCCAAGUCGAAACUCACUUCCGGAACUAUGGCACUGAGACUUCAAUAGGUUCUGAUGCCCCUGUUGCAGAUAACGAGAAGCAAGAGCCAGUUGUCGAGGUGCCACCUCGCGACAUCCCGAUCAUCGUCCUAGGUCCCGUGAUCGGUGGAGGUUUUGGCGAGUCCAAGGUCGGCUGGAGAUGGGCAUUCUAUAUCAAUCUGUUCAUCGGUGCCGUCUGCGCCCCGGCCUGGCUUUUCCUACUUCCCAGCAAGGACCCGCGCCCUGGAGUUCCCUACAAACAGCGUGCCGCUGAAACGGACUAUGUUGGAACGGUCCUGCUUAUGGGUGGCUUGACCAGCUUCAUCUUGGCGAUCAAUUGGGCCGGUGUUACCUAUCCCUGGGAUUCCGGUCGUAUUAUCGGUCUCUUCGUCACGUCGGGUGUCCUGUUCAUACUGCUUGGAAUCCAGCAGGUGUGGACAAUCUUCACGACGGUCGCACGACGCAUCAUCCCAGUUCAGUUCUUCCGCUCCAAGAUCGUUCUGAUUCUCUUCAGCGUUACGGCGGCAUCCGGAGCUUCUGCAUUCAUUCCCAUCUACUUUGUUCCCCUCUUCUUCCAGUUCACGCGCAGCGAUGGUGCACUGCAGGCGGGUGUACGACUGCUGCCUCUGAUUGUCGUCAUGGUUGUUACCAUCCUCGCUAACGGAGCCCUCAUGGCCAAAUUGGGCUACUACAUGCCCUGGUAUCUUGUCGGCGGUUUGUUCACUGUCGCGGGCAGUGCCCUGAUGUAUACGGUUGACCAAGACACCAGCGAGAGUCGUAUAUAUGGUUACACCGUUCUCGUUGGUAUCGGCGUGGGAAUGUUCCUUCAGGCCUCGUUCUCAGUCGCGCAGGCUGUUGUCAAGGCGGAGGACAUCCCACCUGCUGUAGGCUUCAUCACCCUCGCUCAGUUCCUUGGCAUUACCAUGGCACUUGCCAUCGGUAACUCAGUUUUCCUUAACUUGAGUGAGGAAGGCAUUUCAAAGAUCCUACCGAAUAUGUCGGCGUCGGAAAUCCAGGGGGCAAUUGAAGGUGCCGCAGGUGGACUCCUGGAGCGCCUCACCCCAGAAGUUAAACAUCAAGUCUUAGGUGCAAUUACGGACGCUAUUGGUGAGACAUACGUGCUUGUCAUUGCGGCUGGCUCCUUAAUCGCCCUCCUGAGCUUGCUCAUGAAGAAGGAAAGGUUGUUUGCGAGCAGUGGUGUGUCUGCAGCUUAG